GGGCUGGAAAACAUUCGAGAGGGAAACAAAGGAAGAGGGAACAUCUCUUCGCUGUUUGACGCGAAUAUUCAAUUGUAAAAGUGAAUAUUUUCCGAACCAGAACAUCUGGACGCAUUUAUAAGGUUUCCGUCAUGUCUCACAAACAGAUCUACUACUCUGAUAAAUAUGACGAUGAAAAAUACGAGUACAGACAUGUAAUGCUACCUAAAGACAUUGCUAAGCGUGUACCGAAGACCCAUUUGAUGUCAGAAACUGAGUGGAGGAACCUCGGAGUACAGCAAAGUCAAGGAUGGGUACACUACAUGAUCCAUCAACCAGAGCCACACAUCUUGCUGUUCCGACGUCCUCUGCCCAACCCUAAAUCAUAAAAGAUGUUCUCUGGAUCCUGCAAAGAUCAGUCCUCUUGCGCCACACAUCUGAUCAGAUUGUGUGGUGGAACCAUCGGGCUGAUCACGAUGGACCUGGAGACAGAACUGUAACAUUUAUGAACAAUAGUUGUGGAAUUGUUGCAAGAAGGGGGUGGGGUGGGGGGGAAAUAUUACCCUUCUCUUGACAAAAGGACUUUUGAUCAUUUUCACACACCACCUGCCAGAAACAUUCAAGCCUUUUGAUGAGACUCACCCGUCCGACUAGCUGCUUGGAUUUUCCAUCUUUAUCUAAGCAGCACGGAGCAUACGUUCCACAUUCGAUCUGUUAGUGCAUCAAGCCAAACAAAAGUCCAAUUAAAGAUUGUAAAUGCAGUUUGUAUUGGAAAAGCUGUGGUUUUAAGUGACAUGUUGCUGCUUGGUUUAAAUGACACUGUAAAAUAGGCAUUUAACAAUAUUGUCAUGUUAAUAAAAACCUGCAUACCUGUUAAGUCUGACCUAAGAUGAGAUCCUGUUUUCUAGAACCAGUUUAACCUGCGUUAAAAAAAUAAAUAAAUAAAUAAAAAAUAAAUCUCCACUGGUCUGAACAUGUGAGCUGCUGAAUAAAAUGCUGCCCUUAAAUAAAUAUAAAUUUUUGAAACUUAAGUGUGAUUUAUUUUUUCUAACUUCAUUUUCUUCAAUAACGGAAAAUAUAGUGAUGGAUGCAAGUACUGUAUGCAAUAUGACUACGUUUUUUGUUUUUCUUUACUAAAUUUGGAUGAAAAUGGCUGUUUUUCCCAUUUUAAGUGUUUAAUAUGAAGGUUAAAUUUGCAAUGACUAAACUUAAAACACUUAUUUUGUGCAUCAAAAUGAGUUAAUUUCACUGUAGUCUUUAUUUGUAUAAAUUGUUCCUGUUUGAUUUCAGAAAGCAAUGUAAUACCAAACACCUUUUCUUUGUCCUAUAAUAUUUUUCUUGCAUGCCUGAAAGUUAGUACUUUAUGUCCAGGUGGCAGCUGCCAUUUAAUGUUGCAACUUGAGUAAUAAAAUAUGUCUUUUUUUUAA